CUUUUUCCACCGUCCAGCCCUGCCUCGACACUUUCCAUCACACCACCUCGGCUGAGGGGAUUCGUUUUAGUGCACAAGUGUAAGGACAGCGCGUCCAGCCGAGAGGAGCGUGUGUUAUGUUCAGUUUUACGCAUAUUCCGCAAACAUUUCCCGUCCGCUCACAGGCGGCGCACUGUUCCUUUAAGUGGAGGGGCUGCUCGGUCGGAGCCGGAGCCUUUCACAGGCUGUACCUCCGCUCACUCAGGACCCAUUCAUAAAUAAGACAUCGUAUGGAAAGGAAGCUCAUAUAAGUCGCAUCUGAUUUUUCAUUGAGCGGACCGGAUGCGAGGGGCGAGCAGGAACCAGACAUGUCCGCCGCGGUCGGGGACUGCGAAUCGGGGGCACGGCUGAGAGAGCAGGAGUGACUUCCCAUGGCUGACCCCGCUGCUGACGGUUUUGACUUCAUGUGCGAGCCGUCAGGAGGCAGCUUGAUCCAGCUCAGAGCCAGAGAAACGCUCGUUUCCUCGCAGGGUUUGGUGUUUUCUCCCUACUUCCGCUUAACACAAGUAGUCCUGAUUUAAACAGUCUCACCGCUUCGAUACUUCUUUUUUUAUUAUUAUUAUUUUAAAUAAAUGAACAUAGACCAGAGGAGCCCAGGACCUGGCAUUCCGAUGGAGCAGUGAGUUAUGGCAGCGAAAGAAGACCUGUAUGCCAAAGUGACCCCGCGGAGGCAGCGCCAGACCCGGCCAAGCACCGUCAAACAUGGGUCCACUCUGGACGUGCUGCUGUCCAUGGGCUUCCCCAAGACCAGGGCCUUGAAAGCUCUGGUUUCGACAGGAGGGAAAAACGUCCAGGCAGCCUGUGACUGGCUCUUCUCCCACGUGGAUGACCCCUUCUUGGAUGACCCUCUGCCCAGAGAGUAUGUGCUAUACCUGCGACCCAGUGGACCGCUGCUGCAGCAGCUCUCGCACUUCUGGCAGCAGUCCCGUCUCUCUUGUGGCAAGAAUAAGGCACACAACAUCUUCCCCCACAUCACUCUCUGCCAGUUCUUCAUGUGUGCCGAUGGAAAGGUGGAGGCUCUGUCCGACGCUCUCCAGGCCACCGUGGCCAAGUGGAAGGCUCGUAUACCCAUGCCCCUCCCACUGGAGCUCUACACCUCCUCGACCUUCAUUGGCCUCUUUGUGGAGGAGCAGGUGGCGGAGGUGCUGAAGGGUUUCGCUGCUGACUUUGCCACUGAAGCAGCAGCUAAAGCAGAUGUUCAUGUCGAGCCCCAUAAGAAACAACUUCAUGUCACGUUGGCAUACCACUUCCAAGCUAGUCACCUUCCAGUUUUGGAGAAGUUGGCCAAAAGCGUGGACGUGUCUUCAGGCUGCGACUGGCUGGCUGUGCUCUUCUCCCGGGAUAUUCGCUUUGCUAAUCACGAGACACUGCAAGUCAUGUACCCGUACGUGCCUCAGAAUGACGACGAGCUCGAGCUGGUGCCAGGAGACUUUAUCUUCAUGUCUCCGGUGGAGCAGAGCAGUGCCAGCGAGGGCUGGGUGUACGGCACCUCGCUGGGCACGGGGCUGUCGGGCCUACUGCCCGAGAACUACGUCAACCGCGCUGAUGAGUCUGACACCUGGGUCGUCCAUGGGUCUCAGUCUAUUCUCAACUGUGCCUCUCCAUCUAACGCCAGCAGCACUGUGGGCGGGUUAUUAUUUGAUGGGAAGCUGAAUGACAGUCUCCUCGACAGUCUUAUGGAUCCUCCCAGCCUCACUGGCCUCUGUCCUCCUAUGCAGAUGUUGAGGCCAACCAGUCAGUCCUCCCUGUCCAAGAUGAGGCUGUUUGUGUGUCGCCACGGGGAGAGGAUGGAUGUGGUGUUUGGGAAACACUGGGUGACUCAGUGCUUUGACUCCAAAGGUCGAUACAUUCGCUCUAAUCUCAACAUGCCGUCGAACCUGCCAGCUAGAAUCGGAGGUCACCGGGACUAUGAUAAAGAUUGUCCAAUUACUGUGUUUGGCUCCACCCAGGCCCGCCUUGUAGGUGAAGCCCUGUUGGAAAGCCAUGCAGCAAUAGACUUUGUUUACUGCUCUCCUUCUCUUCGCUGCGUCCAGACCGCUCAGCACAUUCUGCAGGGUCUCCAGCAGGAGGGAAAGACUAAGAUCCGUGUGGAGCCUGGAUUGUUUGAAUGGACCAAGUGGGUUUCGGGCACAUGUUUACCCAUCUGGAUCCCCCCAGCUGAGCUGGCCGCUGCUAACCUGAGUGUGGACACAACAUACCGACCUCAUAUUCCCAUAAGUAAGUUGACGGUGUCGGAGUCCUAUGACACCUACAUCAGCAGGAGCUUCCAAGCAACCCGAGAGAUCCUGGCAGAGUGCAAGAACCUGGGAAACACGGUCCUGAUUGUGGCCCAUGCUUCCUCCCUGGAGGCUUGCACUCGCCAGAUACAAGGCCUCACCCCUCAAAACUCCAAGGACUUUGUCCAAGUUGUCCGAAAGAUUCCUUACUUGGGUUUCUGCGCUUGUGAAGAAAUGGGAGAGACCGGGGUAUGGCAGCUGGUCGACCCACCCAUCUUGCCUCUGACACAUGGACCCAAUCACAGUUUCAACUGGAGAGAAAUGCUAAUGCAAGACUGAUGGAUAUGCUGUUUGGCUCUCUAUCAUUUGGCAACCCUGAACUGCUGAAAAAAAUAUUUAUUUUUAACCCACACUGCUAUAAAUCCAGCCCAACUACCAAAAAAAGAAACGACAAAAACACGUCUGGCUUCCGUCAAAGACAUCAUGCAAAAAAAAAAAAAAAAAGUGCAUUAAUUGAAGCAAAUGUAUUCACACGCACUGCUCAGGAAUGAGAGAAUACAGUUUGUGCAGAGAUCACAGCAGAAAUGAGCUACAGAUUGGGCGGCGGUUUGUCGCGCUUCCCUCAACGUUCCACUUCUUAGCCCAAAGUGUGGAGGUGCUACGAGAAAUCUGGAUAUUUCUUGAUGGUUUCUGAUGAAUCAGGUUUUAUGCCAUGAGAAGGUGUCAUAAAGCUCUGUCUGCGGCUCGUCUUCAGGCGGGGCGGUGAAGACUUUGUGCUCUGCUGCCUUCUCACACACUGUGACAAGAAUUAGAUGAGAGAGACUUGUACCACAGAACUAUUUUUCCACAUGUCAGAAAUUAUUAUUUAACUUGUAGCUACGACCCCUCCUGCGAAAAAGAAAAAAAAAAAGCACAAAAGAAAUGCUGACAAUCAGACAGGGGAGAACUGAUCUUCAUUGUUUCUGGUGCUGAGGUGGGGAGUUUGUGAUACCUGUUUUAUUCCUGUAAAUGUCAUAUCAUUAAGUGAUUCUUCUAAAUUAACAUUUAUGUGGCCACAUGAAUCAUUUAAACUUGCUGCAGUGCAAUUUUGAUUACCACCACAGGAGCAGCCAAGUCAAUUUGAGGAAAGAGAAUGAAUAUAAUGGAAUACAGACUGCCGUUGAUAAAUUUGUCCAGGUGCGUUAACUAAAAAUUCUGCCUGUCACUCUCUGUAAGCCUGAUGACCACACUUCUUUUCAAACCUGUUUCAGUUUUGGUUAUGUCUGAUGUUUUACUGCUUACUGCCUAUACCAGUUAUUUGUUGUAUGACUCCGAACAUCUAUUGAUACUCUCAAAAACGAAUAAAACAAAGUUGUGGAGUUAUGGAGGCUUAUA